AUGAAAUCGCCUUUCGCUCUACAGUCGACACUCUACGUUUCUCCACAGUCGGACGGUCUCAGCUCAAUCUCUUCUCCUCCUCCUCAACACUCAAGCAUGGCUGCCGAAGCAGUACCACCCUCUCGGGAUGCCGAGCAAGCUCCCGCAGACUAUGUCUCUGAGACGAGUCAAAAUGAAAAGCAGGGCUUUACAACCGCUGUCUCUGCGUCCCCGGAUAGCGAUGAAGUCAGCCUCAGACCAGUUCCCUUGACAUGGAAGUUGGCCUCUGUUGUGUUGGUAACAGCUAUUGGAUUUGGUUCUCAGUGGAGUUCCGGCCUCAGCGGUGCCAUGAAGACGACGAUGAAGAAGGAAAUGAAGAUCAACAACACGCAGUUCUCUCUUUUGGAAGCUAGCGAGGAUUUCAUGGUCACUGCUCUGAUGCUUCUCAGUGGUGUCGUCACGGACAGAAUUGGUGGCGCAGGUGCCAUGUUGUACGGCAAUUUCCUCUACUCGGCCGGCUCGAUUCUUGUGGCAGCAGCAGCUCAGACCCGCUCUUACAAGUUUAUGAUUGCUGGCAGAGUGAUCCGCUCCCUCGGAGAUAUCGCGACUCAAGUGGUGCAAUACAAAGUCUUCUCAUCCUGGUUCGCCCCCGGCAACGGCUUUGCCUCGACUUUGGGCUUCGAGCUGGGCAUCGGCAAGAUUGGUGCAUUUGCUGGAAAGUCGUCUGCCAAUAUCAUCGCCAAGAAGACGGGAGAUUUCGCCUGGGUGUUUUGGGUUGCGGUUUUCAUGAAUCUCUUCACGAAUGUCAUGACGGGCGUGUUUUACUGGUUCACAAAGGUUGCCAACAGCAAAUUCCACGGCGUUAGCGACCCUGCCACUGGCGAGAGAUUGAAGGAAAAGACGAAGAAAGUCGAGUUGCGCAAGGUUCUCGAGUUGCCGUGGGCCUUCUGGGCUGUCAUGGGCUUCUCAUUGUUCGAAACGAGUACUGCCAUCGUCUUCCUGCAAAACGCCACCGAGCUCGCCGAGCAGCGCUUCGGAACAAGCUCCAUCACUGCUGGUUGGUACAGCGCCACGUUGCAAUAUGCCGGAUUCUUCGUUGUUCCCAUACUAGGAGUCUUCCUUGACCUUUACGUGAACCGUAUUUCAGUCUUGGUCUUCUGUGGCAUUGGAAUGUUCACUUCCAUGUUGCUCGUGUGUUUCGCCAACACCACUCAGGGUACUGCUGCGAGUUUCGGAGUGUUUGCUUUCGCCUACUGCUUCGGGCCAGCCACCAUCAUUGACAGUAUCCGUACAUCAAUGUGGGACUCGACUGUCUUUGGCUCAGCUUACGCUCUGAAGAUCACCAUGAACAACGCGAUGAAUAUCGUCGUUCGCGUCAUUACUGGUGUCAUCCAAGACAACGACAACAACUCCUACGAUAAAGUGACUAUUGUCUACGUCAUUCUUGCUGGAAUCUCCGUGGUUGUUUCGUUCCUCCUGACGUUCGCUUCCUGGAAGUCCGUCGAUCUCGGACACCUUCAGUGGACACGCAAACUGCGCAUUGCGCGUGGCGAGAUCCUCAACGUCAGGAAGGAGAGGUUCUACGGGCAAAAUGGCGAGAAGAACAGACUCAUAUCCAAGAGCUGCUUCGUAGCAUUGAUCGUGCUUAUCUUGGGAAGUUGGUGUGGGUACUUCUGGGGGGUUGCGACUGGCAACAACUCUUGA